UUUCUAUUGGUUCAUAAGAAUUUCAACACUUAUACUUAAAUAUCGGCUGGCCUUUACUUAUUUGCCAAUUUUCCAAUUUCCAUUUCCAAUUUACUGAUCCACAAUGCCCUUGUGGUCGAGGCAUUCCCUUAAACUUUUGGCUUGGCUUGAAUUUCUAAAUUUUAAACAAAAUCUAAUAAAAUCCACCACAAGAUGAGCAUGCGUAACCUGAACUGCGACUUAGUUGCACAAUUCCCACAGAGCGCCAAGAUAGGUUCGAUCUGCAGGAGACAACCGCCCAGAUACACUUGUCUAUCCAAGGAGCAUCGUCUUUGGCGGCAGAUAAACCAGCUGGAAAUCCAGCAACUGGCCAAGCUGAUUGGCUGCUAUCCCGAGCAAAUAGACGGCUUCCUAUACAAACUCAGCCUGGAGAACUACAACCAUCUGCUGAAUCCCAAGGGCUGCGGCUGGGAUUCCUGCAAAGUGCCACUUUGCUAUCCUUGUGUCUGUGAUCGCUACAUGGCCAUAUUCGAUCAUCGUGGCAACUUGAGGAGUUCCAUUCGCCCAAAGAGUCUCAAUAGCUUACUUUCGUUAAUUUUGGAUUAUUUGAAUGAAGAUUCGCCCGGUGGCCGAAAGGAUUACCAGUCAUAUCCUUUCGGUCAUCAGGCGAAACCGCAUUCGAGAACUCAUUCCAUGAGAGAUGAUGCUUCAAGCCCGGGCUCGGUUUACAGCGACAACCGAAGUCUGAGAUCUUUAAAUUGGCAAUACAAUGUUUCGCAGAGGGUAGAAAACAGCAUCACGCCUCUAGAAUCAGAAAGCAUGUUGUGGAAGCUUCCAGAAUUGGAAUCUCAGGAGGAUUUGCGUAAGGAGAAGAAAAAGAAAACCUUUGGACGUCAAUCCGUGUUCCUCAACGAUGAACUAGCCUUAGCCUAUGCCAAGCCAGAUGAUUAUGUGGAGUAUCUUUUGAAAACCCUGGGUCGCCAUCGCAUCAGGGGUAGCUAUGUAGGUCCCGUGGGUCACUUAAGAACAUUACGGGUUCGUCUUCUACUUAGAAAGCUGGUGGAACAGAAGGGAACUAAUAUAAGUGAGGAGGACUUGAGAAAGGCCCUUAAGAAAGUGGAUCUCGAGUGGAAAAAGACUGCAAGGGCGGAUUAUAAACGGGAGAGGAAAACAGCCGAAGAGAUCUCCAUGCUGUACAACGCCAUUGUGCAGAGAUCGUCAGAGCAUCCCAUACCGCCAGUUCUGGGAAAGGUAAGGGGUAAUUACCCCAAGGUGCCGAAACCUGCGAAACUCCCCAGGAGAUACUUGGGCAAUCAAGUGCCCAUACUCUUCCAUGAGCCCUUUGAUUCCAAAAAACCUUGGACCUGGCAGCGCCGACAUCCAAGACAGACUCGCCUCAACUCCAAAUACAAGUUCUCAACAUCUGGGAUCAAACGCUAUCUACGCAGUUCCAUAAGGGAUCAAAUAGACGAGGCGUCGGAUCGGUACUCAAUUCACUCGACCAUAAGUGAUAAGAGUAGAUCCGGGGGACGAGAGUCGCUGGAACCCUUGUUUGGAGGUCCUAAGGCAUAGUCUAUACUUGGCGUACCUAGAGUAUAGUCAAAAUUAAACCAAAGGUUAUAAAGUCUAUUUUGUGAAUCAAAAACAAUAAAUGUGGGAUGUACUUCAGUGAA